AACAAAUCAUUCAAAGACAUACAAAUAAUAAUUGAGCUUUUUUGUAAACUAGAAAAAUGGGAUUGAGUGGUGUUCUUCAUGUGGAGGUUGAGGUUAAGUCUCCGGCUGAAAAGUUCUGGGUAGCCCUCGGCGACGGCAUCAACCUCUUCCCCAAAGCUUUCCCUAACGACUACAAAACCAUCCAAGUUCUAGCCGGAGAUGGCAACGCUCCUGGCUCCAUUCGCCUCAUUACUUAUGGAGAAGGAUCUCCACUGGUGAAGAUAUCGGCUGAGAGGAUCGAAGCAGUGGAUUUGGAGAACAAAAGCAUGUCGUACAGCAUCAUUGGCGGCGAAAUGUUGGAGUACUACAAAACUUUCAAAGGAACCAUCACCGUUAUUCCUAAGGAUGGUGGUAGCCUUCUGAAAUGGUCCGGUGAGUUUGAGAAGACCGCCCAUGAGAUUGAUGACCCGCACGUCAUCAAGGACUUUGCUGUCAAGAACUUCAAAGAGAUAGAUGAUGACGUGAUCAAUGGACAAAACCCGGAUUUCUACAAGAAGCUUGAAGGAACCAUGACCGUUAUUUACACGGAAGGCAAUGAAGGUGGCCGCGCGUGCGAUAUGGAUAUGGACGAUAUGAUAAAGUGUCCCUGUCAGCGUUGUUGUCUUGUUAAACACAAGAUUAGGACUGAGAUUGAAGGCGAUUUAAUCUGUCAUGGUUUUUUACCUACAUACACAAAUUGGUAUCUCCAUGGUGAAGAGUUAGAUUUUCAAGAGCAAAGAGGGAGAUCAGAAGCUGAAUCUGAGAAGAAGUUUUGGUUUGAUGAUCCAAGAAGGAGGAGGAAAUAUACUUUAUCUGCUUUAGGAGGUAGAUGUCGAGACUUGAAGCAACGUCUCUGGAAAAAGUAUAGAAGAAAUACUCUAGAGGAAUCAUUUGAUGUGAGACCAGGACUGAUUCCAGAAGAUCAAUGGAAAGAGUUUGUGGAAAUGCAAUUCAGUGAUAAGGCUAAGAAAAUGAGAGAGCGUAAUAUUAAAAGUCGAAGCAAACUUAAGAUACCACAUGCACUUGGAAAAAAGAGUUUAGCCAGAAAGUCUAAUGAGAUGGAAGAGGUGUCGGGCAUAGAACCAAAUCGAGCUGAACUUUUUAUUGCAUCACGAACUAAGUCAGAUGGAAGUUUAGUCUGCAACGAAGCAAGAAUAUCGGUGGAUAAGCUUUCACGAGUAAUGAGUCAGAAUAUACAAAAUGAAGCACCAAGUAAUGAGUCUAGACCAAAUGAUGUAUUUGAGCAAGUGUUUGGUCCUGAGCAUCCAGGACGAGUUCGAUGUGCCGGACAUGGAACAACACCGUCCAAGUAUUUCUUAAAUAUGGAAUCUACUACGGCUAAUACUGAGAUUAUAGAUAUUAAGGGCCGCAUGAAAGGACUCGAAGAUAAAGUAGAGAUCCUGACUAAUGCUCUUUACGCUCUUGUUGGACCAAGAAAUCAUUUUCAAGUAAAUGCAGUAGGUGGGAACUCAAAGUUUAACACCAAUCUUCAUCAAUCAUCUAGUGUUAGCAGUGACCAGGAAAGUAACAUUUCAAAGACUGGAAUUUGAACUGAACCAGAGUCAUUUGAUUUGGAUUUCAUUUGAAACAGGUAUGUUUAUCAUUGUAUAGUUCAGAACUUCAUAUUGAUUUAGGAGAAAUUAAUGUCAUAGUUAGACAUAGAAUCCAAACGUUUGGUGUUAUCACAGUCUUGAUAAGACAUAGUAAUUUGCUUUAAUAAAUUGUACUUCGUGAG